AUGCGGGGCAUCGAGGACACUGGAGCGGUGGGGAUAACGGGCGCCAUGUGGCACGAGCGCGGCAUAAGCGAAGCAUGCGGUCCCCCUUUUGCCAUCGCCCGCCAUCGGCCGUUGCGAACCAGACGCACCAACGACCCGCUCCAUGCUGGCAGCGUCACACCCAUCCAUCGCGCUCGCAAAUGCACGCACCCAACUCCGGAGGCCGAAGGCGACAUGCGUGCCAUACCGUCACAGCUGAUUAACGCCCACGCACCGUACAUGCAUCUGCCAUCGCGCUUGCGAACGCGGUCCCCCUCCUCGAACUACCUGGACCGCGUGUGCACUCCACUGGCCCGCAGGCUCGCGCUUGUCGGCCAGCCCCCACACGAAGCCAAACACGGACACUACAUGACGCAGACGUCACAACAGCCGACCAUCGAAUCAGGCUGCGAGCGGAUCCGAGAGGCAGCGUCGCAACAGUGGGCGACGCGCAGAACACUCGCUGCGACCACAAGCGCAACAACACGACCGGCACAACAACAGGAACAUCACAGCGACUACGGCGCGAUGCUCGACCGGGGUGCACCUAUGCAUGACGACUACGGCGCGGAAACACAGUUCAAUUGCCCCAGUAGCGAGCGGCUCCAUGCGGGUCACCGAGGACACCGGGACGGUUGGUAUAACGGGCGGCAUGUGGCACGAGCGGCAUGGGCGAAGCGUGCGGUCCCCCUUUCGCCAUCACCCGCCAUCGGCCAUUGUGAACCGGAUGCACCAACCGCCCGCUCCAUGUUGGCAGCGUCGCACUCGUCUCUCGCGCUCGCAAUUGCGCGCACCCAACUCCGGACGGCGUAG